AUGAAAGCAAUUCAAAUGAUGGAAUUGUAUAAUAUGAUGAAUGUUAAAUUAUUCUGAAUAUUUUUAGGAUACUAAACAUAUAUUGAUGGCUGAUUUAAGAAAGUUAGAGUUUUUGAGGAAAAACAAAUAAGAAGAAGUAUUUGCAUUCAGAAUAAUAUUUAAUCUAUUGUAUCUUAUAUUGAGAAACAUAAUGUAAAUGCAUAUAAAAAUGAAAAGAAAUAUAAUACUUAGAGAAUUCGAAGAAUAAUUUUUAUAAAUGAUGAGUAUUUAAAGAUCGAAUAAGAUGUUUAAUUAAUAAAAGAUAUAAUAAAUAGUUUGAAUAUGAAUGAUUACAAAGUAUAUUAUUUGAAAAGUUCUGUAGAGGGAUUUUUGGACCAAUAUCCUUUUUAUACAAUAUCUAAAACAAUUUGAUAAAAUUAUGAAAAUUUAGAUAACAAGAAAGAUUAUGAGAAAGUAUAGUUUGCUUAUUCUUAAUUCCCUUAAUAACUUGAAGAUAAUAAAUUAUUUUUAAGGAAGUAACCUGAAUGCCAAUAGUAAAAAAUAGUUGGAUGCCUUAUAAAUAAAGACAAUAAUAGAUUUUAAGAAUUAUGAAGCUAAUGCUAAAAUAUCUGAAUGGAAAAAAGAGGAAUUUAAAUAUAUAAAUUAUCCUAUAAAUGAGAGUGGAGAGGAAUUAAUUGAUUUUUCUGAAAUCACAAAUAUAAUUGAUUUCUAAAAUAGUCCUAAAUUAUUAUGUUGUCCAGGAAUAAUAAAAAAAUAUUGA